AUGGGAGGAGGUAACGGCGCAAAAGCAGCUUCUAAGCGUGCACGCAACCAAAAGGAUGCCGAGAAGGGUGGCGCAAAAUCGCAACUGAAGGUCAACGAGACGGCCAAGGAUAUCCAGUGUGAGGUUUGCAAAACCACAUUCUUGAAGACGACCAGACUUCCUGCUCUGGAUGGGAGGUCCGCAUAUUCCGGCAAUUGUGCGGAGAGCGGGAGAAUCCUGAAGGAGGGAAGGAAUUUGGGGGAGACCCGCAGUCGUUCUCUUCGUCGAAGCAUCAAGCCAAGACCAGACCAAUACAGACUUAAUUUAGAUCGAAACUAA